AUGACCCAGUCCCGCGAGGUUUUGGCGAUGAUGGACACGCACACAACAACGUUCGGACGUAAAAGAGCCUGCACAGUCUCCCCUUGCGGCGCUUUCCUUUUGGUCGCUACUUUCUUCAUAUCCGUGGUCACCAUCGGGCUUCUGGUCUAUCAUUUAUCGCCGUGCCACGAGGGAAAGCCCCCCAAACCAUGCAACGAUCUCAGCAAUACGGAGUUCGAGGGCCGUGGGACAUCCGGCACGGACACAUUCGGCAAGAAAAAGUUGGACGUCCGAUUACCGAGAUCCGUGAUCCCUGACUCCUACGAUCUCUGGCUCAUACCGUUUAUACAAGUGGGAAACUUCACUUUCAAUGGCGAGGUGAAAAUUCUGGUGAACGUCACGGAGGACACGAAAAAUGUGACACUGCACGCGAUGGACAUGGACAUCGACGAGAGUUUCACGAACAUUAAGGAGUACAACGGCGUGCAAACGGAGAAGGUGGUCAAAAUCGUCGACCAGAAGAACGACACCGAACGGCAGUUUUACGUGAUUAGAACGUCGGACACGUUGAAGAAGGGAAAGCAAUACGUGGUGCAUCUAAAGUUUGUUGGCCAUCUGAACGACUACUUGCAAGGCUUCUACAGGAGCUCGUACACCGUUGGCAAUCAGACGAGAUGGAUCGCAACGUCGCAAUUCGAGCCAACGGAUGCACGACGAGCUUUUCCGUGUUUCGACGAGCCAGCACUUAAAGCCAGGUUCAAAAUCAGCAUCGCACGACCUAAGAACAUGACGUCCAUCUCGAAUAUGCCUAGAUUGGGGGAACCCAUGCCAGUGCCCGGCUUACCGUCGUACGUGUGGGACCAUUAUGAACGCUCGGUGCCGAUGUCCACGUACUUGGUUGCCUUUAUUGUUUCGGACUUCGAAAUGAGGAAAUCUGAAUCUGGAAACUUUAGAGUCUGGGCACGGAGCGAAGCUAUCGAUCAAGCACAAUAUACACUGGAGAUUGGCCCAAAGAUACUCGCAUACUACGAGGACUAUUUCAAGAUUAAGUUUCCUCUUCCCAAAAUAGACAGUAUUGCCCUACCUGAUUUUUCAGCCGGGGCUAUGGAGAAUUGGGGAUUAAUUACCUGCAGAGAAACUGCUAUGUUGUACCAAGAAGGUGUCUCGACCAGCAGCAACCAGCAACGUGUAGCCACUGUCAUAUCUCACGAACUUGCCCAUCAGUGGUUCGGCAACUUGGUAACUCCAAGCUGGUGGUCGGACCUUUGGUUGAACGAAGGCUUUGCCAGUUAUGUCGAAUACAUCGGUAUGGACGCAGUGGAACCAACUUGGAAAGUUUUGGAACAAUUCGUCGUACACGACCUACAGAAUGUCUUUGGCCUAGAUGCGUUAGAAUCUUCUCAUCAGAUAUCCAUCGAAGUCGAACAUCCUGAUGAGAUCAGUGAAAUUUUCGAUAGAAUCUCUUACGAAAAAGGUGCUUCUAUAAUAAGGAUGAUGAACCAUUAUCUUACUACUGAAGUUUUCAAACGAGGUCUGACGAAUUAUUUGAAUGGAAGAGCAUACCAGAGCGCAGAGCAAAAUGAUCUAUGGGAUGCACUGACGAAACAAGCUCACCAGGACAAAGUUCUGGAUCAUUCUGUAACAAUUAAAGAAAUUAUGGAUACCUGGACCCUCCAGACAGGUUUUCCAGUGGUGACGGUCAUUCGAGAUUAUAACAGCGGUGUAGUAACGCUGACGCAGGAACGUUUCAUGCUUCGUAACGGCACUAUGACAACGACGUCUAGUGUCGAACCUCUAUGGUGGAUACCGAUUACGCAUACGACCGAAAGUCAACUGGAUUUCAAUACAACUCAGCCUUCUCAAUGGAUGAAAGCAGAAAAAUCGAUCACCUUGUCGAAUAUGAAUUGGAAUGUUUCGGAGUGGGCGAUCUUCAACAUCCAAGAGACUGGUUAUUACAGAGUGAACUACGACAGGCAAAACUGGCAAUUGAUAAUCAAGCAACUGAACAAGGAUUCUUUCAGAAACAUUGCGACGACCAAUCGUGCACAGUUAAUAGACGAUGCGCUUAAUUUGGCCAGGGCUGGAAGACUGGAUUACGCCACUGCGUUGGAUGUAACUUCGUAUUUGGCUCACGAGACUGAGUACUUACCUUGGAAGUCUGCUUUCACUGCAAUGCACUAUUUGGAUAGCAUGUUGAUCAAGAUGCCCAGUUACGACAAAUUUCGAGUGUACGUGUUGAAACUUCUCGAGAAUGUGUACAAGCAAGUCGGCUUCAAGGAUAACCGCGGGGAUCCCCAGUUGACUGUUUUCACCCGCAUCGAUGUGCUAACAUGGGCAUGUAACUUUGGCCACGAGGAUUGCGUGCAAAACGCGGUCAAACAGUUUUACAAUUGGCGCAAUACACCCAAUCAGAACAAAAAUAAUCCAAUCUCGCCAAAUCUGAAGAUGGUCGUCUACUGUACAGCAAUACGAUUUGGUGGACAAACCGAAUGGGACUUUGCUUGGCAAAUGUACUUGGAAACCAAUGUCGGUUCUGAAAAGGAUUUGCUUCUACACGCUCUUGGUUGUACCCGAGAAACGUGGCUCUUGAGUCGUUACUUGGAUUGGACGAUCACGGACAAUUCGGGAAUUAGGAAGCAAGAUGCCAGUCGUGUUUUGAAUUCCAUUGCUAGCAAUCCUGUUGGACAACCGUUAGCAUUUAACUUCCUUAGGAAUAAAUGGGCACGACUUCGGGAAUACUUCGGGACGUCACUACUGACUUUCAACAACAUAGUAAAGUCAGCAACGAAAGGCAUCAACACCAAAUACGAUCUCAAAGACCUGCUGGAGUUCACCAACGAGCACAAAGGAAAGUUUGGAAGCGCGACAAGAUCGGUACAGCAAUCGAUAGAGCAAUCUGAAGCUAACAUACGAUGGGUGGAAGCCAAUCACGUUACGAUUCAAGAUUGGCUGAAGAGGAAUACAGCGUAACGUUUAAACGGAACUGGUCGUACUAUUUAAAUAAUCAUCGACGUUCGAGGUGGCGAUUAAAAUUGUCCACGAACGAAAGCUCCAGGCAGUCACGUCGAAAUAUUCACGAGCAUUGUUCGAUCGUUCGAGAACGGUAUACUCGUGCGGGCAAUCUCGCGUUUCGCAGCUAUGAUUAAACGUAGAUCGCAAAGGGAGACCUGUAUCCGAAAUCUAUGAAACAAGUAUUAAGUGUUUUUUGCAUGUUUUUGUAAAUACGCGUUAAACAUUUAUGUACGUAUAAUGGGAUGUUCAAGUAUCUAGAUAGAAGAAGUUGAUUUCCGCCUGGUACACGAACCAUUCCGUGCAACUCGUGCACUUUGAAUAUACAGUUUAAAUUAUUUAACUAAUAAUUCGGUUCACCUUCUUUCGCGAAUCUUCAAUGGAUCUCUAAAGGAUCUCUGGCUUAGCUCGUUCGCAAACGAAGUCUUUAACGAUUAGGGUAAUUUAGGAUCAUUCAGGAUGCGAAGGUUAAACAAAAAUCAUUGUAACUAAUUUCGUAUCGUGGAUGUGUGUUUUCGUUGUUAUUUAUUCAGAGUCGUAGACGUUUUAAUUUUUCUUUAGCGAUGACAGCAUUACAGCGAUUGACUCUAACCUAGCAACGAUUUCGGGGAAAGCGAUCGAUCAUUCGCGUUUGAUUUACGAAUUCGAUUUAUCGUGGAGGAGCUUCCCGUUGCGAGCGUAGGUCACUCGAGCUCAACAAUUUUUGAAGCCACGACUGGUGAAAUUUGUGAUUGUUUGGUGAGAUAGUGGAUGACUAAAUCUUUUUCGGAUCGUUGUGUGAUGGAGAGGAAGCGUAGAGAGAAGAUCAUGCAUCGAUGCACAAUGUAUUCGUUACGAAGUUUCCGUUUCGACGUUUGCCUUUCGGUUACACGCACAACACGUAUUCUAAAUACUUAAAGAACUUACUCUUCCAGUUUCUCUAGAAGGAUAUGGUAACAUACGUACGUCGACGCGCGAUAUAUUUCUUUUCUUUUGAAGAUCGAAAUACGAAAGCGCGAAUCGACGGUUCGUCGACGCAAUUCCUUUUGUUCGAUAGAACAACACCAUCGCUGGAUGGAAA